GGUGUGGCUGCAUGUUUGUCGUGGACACAUCGUCACUCUUGAUGUUCUUUUUCCAGAUUGCAGGUGAAACACCUUUAGAUGUGCUAAUGGAAACUUCAGGGACAGAAAUCCUAAACGACUCUGAUGUCAGAGCUCCCAUCAGCCCUCUACACCUCGCUGCAUACCACGGCCACCACCAUGCUAUGGAGGUCCUGGUUCAGUCUCUGCUGGAUCUAGACGUGAGGAACAGCCAGGGGCGCACCCCUCUGGACCUGGCUGCCUUUAAAGGCCAUGUGGAGUGUGUUGACGUCCUCAUCAACCAGGGAGCCUCCAUCCUGGUUAAAGACUUCACCCUGAAGAGGACCCCCAUCCACGCUGCAGCUACCAACGGUCAUUCGGAGUGUUUGCGUUUGCUGAUUGGAAAUGCUGACCUCCAGAGUGCAGUGGAUGUUCAAGAUGGGAAUGGACAAACCCCUCUGAUGCUGUCGGUGCUGAGCGGACACACAGACUGUGUGUACUCACUGCUCAACAAGGGAGCCAGCGUAGAAGCCAAAGACAAGUGGGGCAGAACAGCUCUACACAGAGGGGCAGUGACGGGUCAUGAGGAGUGUGUGGAGGCCCUGCUGCAGCACAGCGCCAGCUUCCUGGUUCGGGACUGUAAGGGGCGGACCCCUGUUCACCUGGCGGCAGCGUCUGGACACAUCGGGGUGCUGGGGGGGCUCCUACAUGCCGCCCAGUCAGUGGAGACCCUCCCUGUCAUCACAGACAACCAGGGCUACACUCCAUUACACUGGGCCUGCUACAACGGCCAUGACACGUGUGUAGAGGUGCUGCUGGAACAGGAGGUUUUCCACAAGACCGAGGGCAACUCCUUCAGCCCCCUCCACUGUGCUGUGAUCAAUGACAACGAGGGGGCUGCAGAGAUGUUGAUUGACACUCUGGGGCCGACCAUUGUCAACGCCACUGACACCAAGAACCGGACCCCACUGCAUGCGGCGGCCUUCACGGACCACGUGGAGUGUCUUCAGCUGCUGCUAGGUCACAACGCCCAGGUCAACUCCCCCGACACCUCCGGGAAGACCUCCCUCAUGAUGGCUGCUGAGAACGGACAAACCAACGCUGUCGAGCUGUUGGUGAGCAGUGCCAAAGCAGAGCUCACUCUGCAGGAUGCAGUCAAGAACACUGCUCUUCAUCUGGCCUGCAGUAAGGGGCAUGAAACCAGUGCCUUGUUGAUAUUGGAGAAGAUUACAGACAGGAACCUCAUCAACUCGACUAACGCAGCCUUACAAACGCCGUUACACGUUGCAGCCAGAAAUGGUCUGACCGUGGUGGUGCAAGAGCUGUUAGCGAAGGGUGCUAGCGUGCUCGCAGUCGAUGAGAAUGGUUACACGCCUGCCUUGGCCUGCGCCCCCAACAAAGACGUGGCGGACUGCCUGGCGCUGAUCCUGGCCACCAUGAUGCCCGUGUCCCCCUGCACCCCGGCACCCAGCCUGUCCUUCAGUGCCAUUAACCACUACACCACCAGCCCCUCCAAGAGUGUUACCUUCGACAGCCUGCCCGUGCUGCGCAGCGAGCACAGCUCCUACUGCAGCUUCAACAACAUCGGCCACCGCGGCCACGACGAAGGCUUCUACAAGGAUGAGGAACUCAACGACUCAGACUCAGAGACGUACUGAGAGUGGUGGUGGUCGCUGCCCAGGAGGGGAGCCAGGGAGAAGGGAGGCAAGUGCAGACGGAUGGACAGCGAAGUGGGGCAGAGGCCACAAACAAAUACACACCGUGUCUUAAAUCACCAUAGCCAGCUUUGGGAGGGCACGAGCCAAGACAGUCCGCACAGGAGCCUUAAGAGUUCCGCAAAUAGAGAGAAAGAGGGGGAGAGGGGGAGGAACAACAGGCUGGCUGGCCCACACUCAUCCUCUCGUACCACCAGGUGUCCUUCCAGCAGAUACUGGACUUCAGAGGAACUGCUGCUUCUAUACCCCAUCUUUACCUUUACCCACUAAGGUCCUAAAGGGUAGAAACUGUCUGUCCGACAGACGCACACCUCAUGAUGGCAAUAACCUGUAGUCCAAGGGGAUAGUAGCACUUCACUGAGAGCAAAACAGACAGGGACCAAAAGAUGUGGAGGAAGCCUUUUUUAAACCUGUUUUGACUAGAAAUUGUUUGGGCUGAGAAAAGAAGUGAUGUUUCAUGAGAGUGAUUGUCAUGUUUAUCCGCACACUAAGACAGUCAGAACGCACCUAGCCUCUUGUCUGUAAUCCAUGUGGGAGGAGGGGAAAUCAUACAUUUUUUAUGAACAAACAUUUUAAUAAAAUCAUUCAUGUCUUAAGGUCUGUGGGAAUCAACAAAUCGUAGUAUUUGCUCUCAUGAGUAAUUGUAAAGAUUUGAUGAUGCCAAAUGGAACCCUAUUCCCUAUACUGAAUAGUACACUACUGUUGAACAGGGCCCAUAGUGGUCUGGUCAAAAGCAGUGCACUCUAAAGGAAAUAGGGUGCCAUUUAGGAUGCUUGUUUUGCAUACCGGUAUGUGAGCAACAGGACUUUUUAAAUUGGUGGGAAAUAUUACAUUUGCGUUAUUAAACCUACCUGUCCUUUGGCCUCUAGAAAGUAUUUUAGAAAGUAAAUUAUUCAUUCAUGUAUUUUUUCUUGUGAUAUUUGUCAUUUUGUGCCUUCGUUAGUUACUGAGGGGUGGUUAGGAGAGUAGGGGCACCUGUAUGAGCGAAAACAAUGAUGCACACUAAGUACUACAACGUUUGUGAAAAGCACUGAUACUAUCCCGAGGCAUGUGAGGUGGAAAACAUGUCUCCCUUGGAGAGGAGAAACACUGUAAACCAAUGGUAGGACAGCAGCAAUUAGAUUUUUGUCUUCUGGAAAAUAAAUAUCUAUAUUAUUUGUCUUUGGGCUUAUAAAUGUUUUUUAACAGGUUUUGCUUGCUUUAACUUCUUCAAAAAAUGAAACCACUCAAUCCUUUUAUGUGAUUGCUUGUUCAAACCCCCAUUUGUGUCUCUUUGAAGAUCAUUUUAACUGGAAAUAUGUACAAUACAUUUGCUAUGUUCAUCAAAUCAGGAACAGGAGGUUCACAGGAUUUUUUCAUGUCCUUAUCUUUCUUUUAAAAGGAUGAAACUAGCAUGUACAUAUGAAAUAGUGACUGAAUUUGAAACUUCCAUGAAUUCUUUCACUAUCUGAAGAUUGCUGUAUAUUUUAUGAGUAAUAAAAUAAGAGUUAUUUAAUAAUGAA